AUGGACAUAAUUCAUCAAAGAACAUCUCUUUCUCAAGAUGGAAAUAUAAAUAAUACAUAUACUAUUACUAUUGAUGAUAAUGAACGUGAAUUAACGAAUAAAGAAAAUGUAAAUCCUCCUGAGGAUAUUGUGACGAACCUUAGUCUAUCGAAAACAUUCCAUAAUUUAUUUAAGAAUUAUCAUUGGCGUAUGCGUCAUUAUUUUUAUAUCCAUGUACUCCUCUUCGUUCUAUUUGGACUUCUAGGUGGUAUGAUUAUUUAUUUCAUUGAACUGAAUAAUAAACUCAUAGCGGUACAUUACGUUGAUGCUUGGUUUGUCUGUUCUACUUGUGUUUAUAAUUGUGGUUUGACAACAAUUGAUUUUGCGCGUUUAACACGUGUUUCACAAAUAUUUCUUAUGUUUGUCACAUUUUUUUGCGGUAUUACAAUCACGACAUUGCCAGCAUUGAUUAUCAAAACACGAACACAUAGAUCAACAGCGAAUAUCAAUGUAGAUGAUGAUCAUGGAGAUGCUAACAAUGAUGAUGGAUUACCUAUGACAAACUUAAAUCGAGAUCAAGUUACGAAAAAAAAAUUAAAAUCACUACCAACAGUAGAUCAAUUACGAUACCGAGCAUAUAUGACAACAAUUUUUCUGAUACUGACAACAUGCUUCACAAUUUAUGGAAUUACAUUUAUUGUUAUCGGUGCUUGGAUUGAGAACAAAUAUCAUCCUGAACAACUUCUACAAGAUGGAAGAGCUAUUAAUGGAUGGUAUGCAUCAUUCAUUAUAACUGUGACAGGAUUCAAUCAAAACGGUUUAACGCCUUGGUCUGAUAGUCUAGGGCGAUUUGCUAAAGAUGUAUAUAUGAAUUUAUUCGUGAUACUUGUUGUGAUAUUUGGUACAUCAUUGUUUCCAUUUUUACUGCGUAAUGUUGUUAUAUUAGCCAAAUUUAUUGUUCCAUGGCGACAUAAAAUUGUUCUUGAUUAUAUCUUACUUAAUAAUCAUCGUUUAUCUACAUUAUUAUUUCCAGCAGUUCAAACACGUAUUUAUCUUUUAAUCACAUCACUCUUAUAUAUCAUUGGUGUUAGUAUAUCACUCAUAUUAGAUUUGAAUAAUAAAAAUUUUGCUCUAUAUGCGGAUGCUAAUCAAUUUCUCAUCUUUCUAUUUCAAACUGUUAUGACACGUUUUGCCGGUUUCACUACCAUAGAUAUUAGUUCUUUAGCAGCAGGAACAUUGAUUGUUUAUCUAUUACUCAUGGCUGUUAAACCACAAAUGUUAUGUAGUAUCGAUGAGACACCCUUUGAACUUGAAUGGAUUGCGCUGAAAACUCAGGAUGAAGUGAAUGAAAAAAUACAACCUUUAAAAGCUGCCGAUCAAGAAGAAGAAACAGAGGCUGAUGCGAAUCCACGUGCAUCAGGAAAUUUGGCGUUUCCUAUUCGUCAGAUGAAUCGAUUUUUACGCCGACAAUCAUUACAAGCUAAACUAAUGGCAAAGGAUCAUUUUUUUAAUGAAGCCAAAAGUCGAUGGAAUACAAGACAGGGCAGUAAGAUUAGUGUGACAAGGAAAAAUGGUGUGAGAAAACGACCGUCUGUUAAUAUAGCAUGGAUUCGUUUCCGCUUAUUUCUUGUAUUUUUUACUCGUAAAAUAGUUGUUUAUACAUUUAACUUUCUAAUUGGUACACGUACGUGGUUAUUUCUGUUUAUCUUUUUGGCAUGUUGUUUUGAAUCACAUCAUAUAAGUCCGGUGGAUGAAAAUAUCACCGUAUUCAAAAUUAUAUUUGAAAUUAUUAGUGCAUUUGGGGCGUGUGGUCUUACGUUAGGCUAUCCAAAUGUCAGUUCAAGUUUUGUUACGGUGUUAACAGUCCCAAGCAAAGUUAUUUUGAUUAUCACAAUGCUAAUGGGACGACAUAGAGGAUUACUUGACUCAAUGAAAGAUCAAGAAAAAAUUGAUUGUAGUGCAGCGAAGCUUCUGGAAAUUUGGAAACAAGCAGUUUUGGAGGAAGUAAACGAUGUUAGUACAUCGAAUUUAAAAGAAAUUGUCACAUCACAGGAUGAUCAAUUUUAG